AUGUCAGAGGCAGCAGAAUGCGGGGUGUGGCUGCUGCAGAACGACCCAGAGGUGGGCGCCCUCGAUCCCCUGGCCGCAGAGGGCACAGCGGCUCAAGCUCUUCAGGAGCUACGGCACCGGAGGCAGCUGGAGACCGCAGCCACGCUAUCCCGGCGACACCUCCUGGUUGACAGUAACCCAGAAGCCUCCCGCCGGCUGUUACAGCUGCAUGCCCAAACUGAGCUUGUCCAGCAGGAGGCGACGUUCCAGGCUGCCCUGCUUGUCAUAGAGCUGACGACUCUGGGGGAUCGAUCCUGGGACCCCAAGUCCACCGUGCCUGAGGCUUGCCAUCAGGAGCUGGCCCAGUUGCGGCUCGCAGAAGGACCCGGAACGGAGCCAGCAUGGCGGGAAACCAAGUCUGUGGUGCCAGGAAGAUCUAUGGUGCAGGUUCUGCUGGACCGGCUGCUGCUCCAGCAGGAGAGGAACAGAGCAUGUCUGGUCCAGAUCCUGCUGACCCUUGCGCCACCAGACACCAUCCGGGAAAGAGGCCUUGGCAGGAAGCAGCCAGUCCCCCUGGGAGCAGGCUGCGGAGGAGAAGACACUUCGCCCGCCUUGCAGGAAGCCGUCGCCCAGAUGCUGACGCUGGCCCAGGAGCGGCUGGAAGGAGCCCGGAGGGCAGAGGUGUCCUGGCAGGACGGUGCCACCGCGGUGCUUGUGACCCUGCAGCACGCCCAGCUGGAGGAGCUGAGCGGGGCCAUCGAGGAUCUGGCCGGGAUCAUGAGUGGCAGGGAGGGAGACGCCUGCCCCGCCCUCUACGAGAAACUGCUUGCCCGGCUCCAGGAGACCCCGCGGAUGUCCUUACUGCGACAGCUGCAGCCCACCCCUCCUGGGGAGCAACGCGCGGCGGAAACAUUGCAGGUGAACCUGGAGGCUUGUUCUGCCCAGGAGGAGCUGUUGCUGUGUGAACCAGAAGCCCUCACAGCUAAGAAGAUGCUUCCAAGAGAAGAGAUUCUGGGUCCUCCCCAGAAACUAAGCAAGAUGGAGGUCCAGGGACCUCCUGGGGACCAGAACAUACCUCAGGACCAAACACUACAGGCUCGGCAAAGUCCUCAGGGCCUCCAGCACCAACAACUGGAUCCAAAUACCUUCCAGGCACAGACUGAACUACUGAGGAAGUCAAAGUCUUUGGGGUCCCUGGAGUUUGUAACAAUUGAGCCUGAAGGGCUGAGGAAUUCAGAAAUGGCAAAGGCUCAGCAGGGCCAGGAUUUGAGGGAGGUUCUCCAACACCAGGAAUGUCCGGAGAGAGAGCGAAAGCUUGUUCAGGUCCCAGAAUCAUUGGAAAAGAAGACAGAUGAGAGGCAGGAUCUGCAGGACCCAGAAGCUCCACAAAGAAAUCAGCAGGCAAUCUCUCCUCAGGAACAGAAAACAGAAACCUGUCAGGCCGCAAUGGACAGAGGGCCUCUGGAAGCACAGGAGAAGCUACAAGGAGACCUGCAGAGAUGCCCAAGUCCAGAAACCCCACCUCUUCUGUGGAGGGUUCUGGGGCAGAAGGCCAAAUCUUUCGAGCUGACCCUUCAUCACCAGGACCAAGAGGUCCCUCAGACAGAGAAGGUCCUCCAAAUGGAGAAGCCGAUACCAACAGAUCCCCAGGCAGCCCAUCAACAUUCAGGGGAGAGAACAUCACAAGUUCCUCAGGAAGUUCUGGGGGAUCAAUCAAGUGUUCUCACCCAAGGUGAGAUACAGGCCCUUCAGCCUCAAGAAAUGACAGGGCAUGAAAGCCCGGCAAUCCAGGGAACUCUACAGAGAAGGCCGCAAACACUUCAGAGCCAGGAAAUUCCACCGAGGGAGACACGAUUGCCAAGCCCCUCAGAAGCCAUCGUGCAAAGAGAACGGGAGGAACCGCAGGUCCCUCUGUCCCUCAAGAGAAAGGGCAUGGAACCGUUACAGGUCCGAGAGACUACUCUAGAAAAGGGGAUACAGGUCCCCGAGCCCCAGGAUCAAGGAAGGCCAGAAUCACCUCCUCUUCUGUGGGGGGCCUUGGGGGUGAAGUCAAAAACGUUUGAGCUGAGGAAACCAUCGGCCUUUAAAACCCAGCUGCUGAGGGAGUCGCUGAUAGUUCAGUCACUGGGGAGAUCACAGAUAGAACCAGAGGCUCAUAAACCACAGGGAUACAGAGAUCCGAAGGGUCUUUCUCCUCAGGAGCUGAGGGAAGCGGAGGUUCAGGCAGAGAAAGAUAUCUUGCAGGUUCCAGAAAUGCGGUUCACAGAAUCCCAGAGAGCUCGGUUUCCGGGAGAGAGGCGUCCAGAACUGCUUCAGCCUCAGGAUGAGGCCCAGAGAACCCCACAGAUCACGACGGAAAGAUCUAAGAAACAGAAAGUACUUCAAAGAGUGUUGGAAGUACCCAAGGACCCAGAGGCUGUUGUGCAAGAACUGAGGGAUGUGCAGGCCCUUCAGUCUUACAGUGAAGAGUGUCUAAAGAUAUUACAGGCCCGAGGAUCUUCCCACAUGGUCCUUCACUCCCAGGAAUGUAGGAGUCCAGAAACACCUCCUCUUCUGUGGAGAAUCCUGGAACUGAAGGCAAAAUCUUUUGAGCUGAGGAAACCAUGUACCUUUCGGACCCAAAAGCUGAGCUACUUAGAGCCAACAUUUUUGGCCCAAAGGAUGCCACAGAAGGAGCUGCAGGCUCCUCAGAUUCAGGAGGUAAGGAGGCUAGAAAUGGUCCAGCCACAAAGCCAACCAGACAUGGAACCAGAGUGCUGUGCAUCACAGGAAUGUGGAAGUCCAAAGAUCCUUGAGGCCCUUCAGUUACCUGAAAAGAAGAAUCUGGAAGCCUUUCCAGCAACAGAAAGAGAGUGUCCUCAGCAUGAGGAACGUAGAAGUCCAGAAUCCUGUCCUCUUCUCUGGCGGGUCCUGGGACUGAAGGCUAAAUCAUUUGAGUUGAGGAAGCCACGAACCUUUCAGACCCAAAAGUUGAUGUCACAGGAGCUACCAGAAGUGAAGAGGCUACAAACGGUCCAGCCACAAGGCAAACCAUACAAAGAACCAGAGUCCUGUGCAUCACAGGGACAUGAAGGUUCCAAGAUCCUUGAUAAACAGGAACCAAGAGACCCAAAAGCCUCUCAGAUCCAGAGAGAGGAGAAGACUUCACAUGAUCAAGAAAUAAUGCCAAAAGAUUCACAGGGAGAGAGAGCUCCAGAAUCCCCUCCUCUUCUUUGGCGGGUCUUGGAACUGAAGGCAAAUUCAUUUGAGCUGAGGAAGCCACGAACAUUUCGGACCCAAAAGUUGAGGUACUUGGAGCCAACGUUUUUGGCCCAAAGGAUGUCACAGGGGCUACUGGAAGUGAAGAGGCUACAAACAGUCCAGCCACAAGGCAAACCAUACCAAGAUCCAGAGUCUUGUGCAUCACAGGAGCAUGGAGGUUCCAAGAUGCUUGAUCCACAGGAGCCAAGGGACCCGAAAGCUUUUCAGAUACGGAGAGAGAAGAAGCCUUCUCAUGACCAAGAAAUGAUGCCAGAAGAUUCACAGGGAGAGAGGGCUCCAGAAUCCCCUCCUCUCCUCUGGAGGGUUUUGGAACUGAAGGCAAAAUCAUUUGAGCUGAGAAAGCCACGAGCUUUUCGGACCCAAAAGUUGAGGUACUUAGAGCCAACGUUUUUGGCCCAAAGGAUGUCACAGACGAAACUGCAUGAAGGGAAGAUUGCAGAAGCUUUGCAGUCUCCGCCAGCUUUAGAGAUAGAAACUGAGCUUCUUCUCCAGCCUGGAGAACGCAGAAGUCCAGAGACCCCUCCUCUUCUGUGGUGGGCCCUCGAGCUGGCCCAGCAGAGCAUGCCCCACCACGAACGGCUGGAUUCUCCUCAGUCCCAGGAGAAGGACAAGCCACCAGCAAUCCAGCCACAAGGAACACAGCAAGUAGAGUCGAAGGAAGACAUAACACAAAAGACCCUUUCUCUCCAGGAUGCAAAGGAGCCAAAGACUCCUCAGGUGCUGAAAGAGACCUCUCAGGAUCAAGGAAUGAUAUCAAGCAAUGCCCUUCUUCAGGAAAGGAGGAAUCCAGAAUCUUUACCACCUCAGGGAACUCUCCUUCAGGUAGAGUCUCUUCACCCAGGGUUGUCAGGCUCACAAGGAUCCCAGAACCUGUGGAGAGCAGAACCGACUCAGAGAUGCCCUCAGGUCCAUGAGGUCCAGCUCCUGAAAGAGAUGGAGUCUGUGCUAACUCAGGGAGCGCCCCAAAUACAGGAGGGAGACCCAGGGAUGCAGGAAACUCCUGUGCCAAAGGAGGUGAAGGACUGUCUCUUGAGCUCUGGGCCACAGGAUAAAGUGUCGGACAUGCCCAGGAGGUACCCCAAAGAGAUCCAGAAGAUUGUGGUGCCUCAGACCAAAGGGAGUUGCAGGCUCUUUGCCUCAAGGAAAUGCCACAGGCAAAUCCCGAAACACUAG